GUGUCACAAUGGGAGGAUUUGAUGAGGAAAUUCUCAGAAGCACACAAAGAGGAAUGCAAGACCGUAUCUUUAGAUAUACCUCGGGUCCAGCGUUCAAUGAAGAAGUUCCCGACGGGCUCUCAGUACGAGGGUACGUGGGAUAUACUGGGCAUGAGUGGAUACGGUGUAUACAAAUUUCCGAAUGAUGUGGUAUAUGAAGGUGAAUUCGAUGAUGGUAUGUUCCACGGUCAGGGUGACCUGAUAUAUCCAAGUGGUGCUAUCCUUCGUGGAACAUGGAAGAAAGGACGGUUGAUAGAACGAAAACUUAUCUUUGCCGAAGGCUUGGAGUACAGCGAAACAGACUGGAAAUAUUGUAGGAUGCCUGAUAGAAGGUUCACUAUAGAAUACGAUAAUGGUCUAAAUCCCGCUGGUGAAUCAUACCUAACAGCAGAGCAGCCUCCAAGAGCUAUACCACCUGGAUAUUACGACACUGGAGACGGCUUUUAUGAUCCAAAGACCAAGGCCGUCUAUAAAGCUGAAGAUUUAAGUGCUAUUAUAAGGUCGCCAUCCAUACGUGAGCAAAAAUGGAUAAUUGAAAACUGCCGCACGUCACCAGACCUGCCGCUCGGUCCUCGCAAGGAUCUUUACGAGGAAUGGCUUGAACCACAAGAAAUGAUGCCCAAGCCUCCGCCACCAGCCUCUACAUCUAAAGCCGCUGAAAUUGAAGCACAAAUGUCUCGUGACCAAGAUCAUGAAAUCAUAGAUGAAUGGACAAGUCUCUUGUGGAGAAAAUCUUCGUCUAGAUGGCUUCCAAGACCCAUAAUUAAAUUUGAGACUUCUUUAUAAUUUUGUGUUUUUUAAUAUAUUUUUCAUUCGAAUCUU